GGCAGCUCAAGCUGCUUUGGCACAUCUUGCUGUGGACUGCAAGAUGAGAAAAUCAAUGCUCUUCCUUGGCUUUCUUCUUGUUUUCCUUGGCCUGGCUCUGCCAGGCACCCAGGGAAAAAUAAUUCCCAGAUGUGAGAUGGUGAAGAUCCUACGUCAGAAUGGCUUUCAGGGCUUCGAGGGCACAACUGUUGCUGACUGGAUGUGCCUGGUGAAAUAUGAGAGUAGUUAUAACACGAAAGCGUACAACGACAAUGGUCCAAGCAGGGACUACGGCAUCUUCCAGAUCAACAGCAAGUACUGGUGCAAUGAUGGCAGGACCUCUGGAUCCAAGAAUGCCUGCCGCAUCAGUUGCUCAAAAUUGCAAGAUGAUAAUCUUGAGGAUGAUAUUCGGUGUGCCAAGAAGAUUGCCCGGGAGGCUCAUGGCCUCAGUCCCUGGUAUGGCUGGAAAAACCAUUGCCGGGGCAGAGACCUGAGUUCCUUUGUCAGGGGCUGCUAAAUCACUCCACAGGUGUCGAUCGAUCGUUUCCUCAGGAUCAUCAGAGGCGGAGAGAAUGUCAGCGUUUGGAGAGGUCAGGGAAAUGCAUGGGUGUGGGGAAUUAAAAACAGUAUAAGCCAGAAAAGAUAGAGUGGGUAAUGUCUAGUGCUAACUCUGGAGGCCUUCACACUGCUGCAACGCAAACAGAGAACUUACAGCUCACAGCUUAAUAAAAACUGGUAAAGCAUCAAGCCACUACUGGUGGAGUUUCAGCCUUGAUUUAUUUGCAUAAUCCUGACUCAAGGUUUUGUUGCCCUACCAGGGCUUAGCAACAUUAAGGGUUUCUCGCUCCUUUUGUAUCUUUCUCUGUUCUUCUUCACCCCUCCCUUCCUCCUCUCCUCCCUCCCCUUUAUUUUUUUGCCCAUUCUUAUUGGAGUGUCUGUAGUGAGGAAAUACAAAAAUUUCAUGAACACUGUGUAAGACGUGCAGAAUUAUGUUGCCUUAUGACUAAGACAGUCACUGACAGAGAGAGAAAACUAUGCUGGAACGUGACAUUGCUCCUUAAAUUUAUCUGAGCAUCUGCUCCCGGCUGGUAUGAGGGAUAGGGCACUGAAAUAUGGAUAUGAGGGAUAUGGGCACCUGGCCUGAGGGAAUACAGCGACUCUCAUCUUUCUUUGAGGAAUUCAAUCAAACACAGCCUAGAGUGCAGGCAGCAUCUCUGUGAGGAAUCAGUGGGUUGGAAAGGCUGUUAGGGAAGGGAAAUGUUUUGCUGUUUAAUUUACAAGUCCUUUUUCCAAAGGAAAGCUGGAUUCAGAAACAGUGCAUGAACGAAAGGUGAUAACAUUUGAAAAACAUGUUUAUUUCUUCAUGUGCUUUCUGCUGCUGCUAGGGGAGCAAUGAUUUCUUUGGUGCUUAUGCAAUAAAGGGAUGCUUAAA